AUGGCCCGCCCCCGAGCUGCGUCGGGUGCUGAUGCCCCAAAGGAACCUCAUGCGGUUUCAUUGAAAGUGCUACGCCUCUCCCGACCAUCGUUGUCUUCUCAAUCCCCCCUCCCCGCAGCCAACACCAAAAUCUCGCCCAAGGUCUCCUUGAGCUUCCCAUCCGCCGAUUCUGAUACUCAAUUCACUCUUACUCCGAACGUGUGUGCAUUGCCCAACCGCUGUGAGAUCCCCGAAGCCUGGCCGCGUCGUGACCUCCAUUCGCAUCGUUGCCGAAAUGCAAACUCCCUCGUCCGUCGCAGCCCUCGAUCUCGACCCCCCACUGACGCCGCCCAAUCCAACGGCCUACAAAUCGACGAGUCUCUACAGAAGAUCGUGCGCUAUGACUUGAAGGAGGAAGGGAACCACAUCCUUGCCGUCAGCGUCAGCUACACCGAGACCCGGAUCGGCGAGCACGCGCAGGCCGCCAGCGGCCGGGUCCGGACCUUCCGCAAGCUUUAUCAAUUCGUCGCGCAGCCGUGUCUCAGCGUGCGCACGAAGGCGUCGGAGCUUCCGCCGUUGGAAGUUGAUAAUAAAUCCCUGGGCCCGUAUGGGAAAACCCGUUUGCUUCGCUUUGCCUUGGAAGCACAGCUGGAAAAUGUGGGUGAUGGAACAGUUGUUGUCAAGCAAACCCGAUUAAAUCCCAAGGCGCCCUUCAAGUCCCAGUCUCUCAAUUGGGAUACGAAUGUGGAAGGCGAGUCCGCAGCAACACCGCCAACCCUGAACCCGCGCGAUGUCUUACAACUUGCCUUCCUGGUCGAACAGGAAGAAGGCCAGCAAGAAGGGCUCGACGCUCUACAGAAGGAUCUGCGACGUGAUGGCCGGGCCACCUUAGGCCAGCUGUCGAUCGAAUGGCGCGGUGCCAUGGGGGACAAGGGUUUCCUCACGACCGGCAAUCUCAUGAGCCGGAAACGCACUUGA